AUCAUGCAAGUGUCUGCUUCGAGCUGGAUAGUUUUUACAGACACCACCUGAAUCUUUAUUUGAGACGAGUUAAAUAAUGGACGCAAAUGAGAAGCACGAAUCCAGCAGAAAUGAGAAAACGGUGGAUAUUCAUAAACCGCCUUCAAUCGAUGAUUUCGUCGUUUUGAAGCCCAUCAGCCGCGGUGCCUUUGGCAAAGUCUACCUUGCACGGAAGAAGUGCAAUGCGCGACUAUACGCCAUCAAGGUGAUGAAGAAAGCAGACAUGGUUGAUAAAAAUAUGACGGGGCAAAUGAAGGCAGAGAGAGACGCACUCGCUCUGAGCAAGAGUCCCUUCGUGGUUCACCUGUUUUACUCCCUACAGACUUCCACCAAGAUCUAUCUGGUAAUGGAAUACCUCAUUGGUGGAGAUGUCAAAUCUCUGCUUCACAUAUAUGGAUAUUUCGACCAGGAAAUGGCUGUUAAAUACAUUUCAGAGGUUGCUCUGGCUUUAGACUACCUUCACCGCCAUGGUAUAAUCCACAGGGACUUAAAGCCAGACAACAUGCUUAUAUCCAAUGAAGGUCACAUCAAACUAACAGACUUUGGCCUUUCUAAAGUCAAGCUCGACAGAGAGCUGAGUCUUAUGGACAUUCUAAAUACCCCGUCCUUGGCAAAACCAAAAAAAGAUUAUUUCCGCACUCCGGGUCAAGUGCUCUCCUUAAUCAGCUCCCUUGGAUUUAACACUCCUGCAGGAGAAGGAAAGCGUCACUGCAGCGCAUCUGCUGUGUCCAGUCCCAUGUCCUGUGGCAAAAUAAAACAGAAGAAUAGUUCUCUUGGUUCUCCCUUGAUGAAGAAAAGGGAUCAGCUGAACUCUCCAGCUUGCUACCCUUGGAAACUGGGACCUAACAACAGUGUGUUUAGUCCUCACAACCUGGCUAAAAAUCUCACUCCCACACUGCUGAAGACCAGCAAGAGGUUAGAGACAAUGAGUGCAGGCAGCACCACUGACACUGAAGGUGGCAUCAGUCCACUGUGGGAGUGUGAGGAGAAGGAAAAUGAACAUACUAAUGAACAGAAGGGGAGAGGGCAUUCUGAAUCCAAAGGGCCUAGAGAGGACUUUGCCACCAGAAAACUGGGCACCUUCGGGUACUCUGAUAAGGCCGGCAGCAAUCAACAACUUGUAGAAAAAAGACCCCAUAACAACAAACUGGAGUGUGGUUCCACAGCUCAGGAGGAUGUUUGUCUAUCAGUGACAGAUGACAGUCAACGUGCCCCUCCUUCAUCUUUAAAGAGAACAUUUUCAGAUGUAGAGAGAAGUCCAGAGCCUUUAGAAAUCCAAGCCAAGAAGAGUAAUGCAGACUAUCGAAGAUGCUAUGAGAUUCCAGAAGAGACUGCAAGGUUUCACACUGGCCUAACAGGAAUGUUUUCCACCAUCCAAAUAGGCAACUUCAUGGCCUCCACUGAGGGGAUUGGUUUGGAUGAAGACCGCAUCCCAAAGCGCUCCAGUCCCAUUGCUGUGGCCAAAACCCUGUUCUGUGACCUGGAAGAGCCAACAGAGGAUGUGUUUGAAGAUGGAGCCAAAGACCUGUCGCAUUCAAGUUUCACAUCUCCACUUGCUGGAAACAGUGACAUCUGCAGGAGCCUUAGCCUGGACUCUGACGGAUCUAUGCAUGAAACGUCUCUCACGAUGGAGAGUCACUCAUCUGUCAAACUGAGCAAGUGUUCCAAAAACAGAAACUCCGCCUCACCUAAGGAGCAAGAGGAAAAUAAAGACUCAUCCAUCAUUGAAUCACUGCCACAAACUCCUUCUGCUGUUACUACUGCGACACCCAAGCUUAGGGAUUUCAGUCUGAGAGGUGAAUCUCGGUGUUCCUUUCUCAACCGGCUCCCUGAUCUGGCCUGUGGUGUGGCCCAGUCCCCCUCAUUCCUUAAGCCUAGAAAUGUUGUAGCUUUCCGUAGCUACUGUAGCUCCAUUAACCGCUCCAACAUGUCAGGAGUUUCCCGCCUCAGCAUUGGGUCUGUGGAGGCUAUGGACAUGUCCACAACACCCUCUUAUCACUCUGCGUCUGGCACUGCAACACCAGUGCACAAGAGACCCAACUCCAGCAGCUCUCUGUACCAGACUCCUCAGCCCAUGCCGACCUCCCACACCCCUUUCAGGACUCCUAAGAGUGUCCGGAGGGGUGCGCUGCCUGUUGAGGGUGCACCCAUUUUAGGAACCCCUGACUAUUUGGCUCCAGAGCUCCUUUUGGGAAAACCACAUGUUUCAGGAAGUGGUCAGCGUGACUGCAUGGUGGAUUGGUGGGCACUGGGUGUGUGUCUUUUUGAGUUCCUCACAGGUGUACCACCUUUUAAUGACGAGACGCCUCAGCUGGUCUUCCAGAAUAUUCUCAACAGAGAUAUCCCGUGGCCAGAGGGAGAGGAGGAACUGUCUGAAAAUGCAAGAAAUGCCAUUGAAAUACUCCUGACAAUGGACAUGAUGAGACGGGCUGGUCUCAAGGAGCUCAAGUGCCAUCCCCUGUUUGACGGCUUGGACUGGGACAACCUGCAGAACCAGUCGAUGCCUUUCGUACCCCAGCCAGAGGACGAAACAGACACCUCAUACUUUGAGGCAAGAAACAAUGCUCAGCACAUUGCUGUGUCUGGCUUCAGUUUAUAGAGUUAAGAACAUUGUGCGAGUUUUAUAGAAGCAGCAGUCUGCUGAUGAAGGGAGUUUAUGUGUGUGUGUGUCACUGCAAAAAACCCCAAAAAUCAGACCCAUUAUACAAAUAAAUACACAAUAAUGACGUGGAUUCUGAUUGUUUGUUGAAGGCUGUAAUAUUUAAAAAAACAUUUUAUGUCUAUGUGCAAUCACCGGUCAUAAGAGUCCGAUAAAAUCUGUGCUGCCAUGUUAUAUACAGUAGUUAUAGUUUUUAAAUGAGAUUCUUUGGUUAGCAAAAUAUUAUUUGCUACUGCUUUAGAUUACAAUAGGCUUUGAUUUCCGUUCUGUUAUAGUGUUAUAUUGAUUAAACACAAAAUAACUAAGUUCAUGGCACUUCCUGCCUGAUGAUAACAUUCCAUGGCGCUACACUUCAUUUUUUGCUCUUGUUUUCUUUCUUUGAGGGGUACAACACUGCUAAAGAAAAACAUCCUAAUAUAUUCAUGAAUAGUGUAUUUUAUUUGUAAAUCUUGUUAGUAAUGUCGUUUUAAGACAGGAGUGUGUAACAGUUUUGCUGCUUUUAUGUUCCUAGUAAUUUUGAUGUGUAUCAUUGAACACUGUCCAUUUUCCACACUACUAGAUUUUUAAGAAGUUCAUUCGGUUCCUCACUACUUGUGAAAUUUUAUGUUGUUCACUCAAAGAAAAAAGGAAAAUACAAAUAAAAUCUGUUUGUAACAUGA